CCGUCCACUCGUUUUUUUUAUUUUUUAUAGUUACUUCUUCAUUUCCCCCUUUCCUUUCCUCUCUCUCUCUCUGUUUGUCCAUCUUUCCCUCUGUUCCUCCGCGAAAUCUCCAGACCAGCAAUCCUCUCACAGAGAGAGGGAGAGAAUCUCUGGAAGUCUACAGUUGUGGGAUUUCGAUUUCCACUUCUGUCUCACAAAUUUCUUUUCCCCAUUUCUUUGUUAUUAUUAUUAUUAUUAUUCAAUCUCCCAUUGAUUUCUCCGGCGACUUACUCUUCGCCGCCGGGGACUCUUUUUUGAGAGGUAAAUAAAUAAUAGAUACCUGCCACUCCUUCCUCCCUAUUUGUUCGCCGGUUACCACAUUCGGAGCCUCCCCCGAGAUCCGCCGAUUGCCGUCGUUUUGUCUUCCUUCCUUUUCCGGCGAGGCAGGCUUCAGUUACCCUUUGAAUUACCCCCCGGGAAAUCGGAGAUUCAGUUUGCUUUCUCUCGCCGUUGAUUUUGCGACGACGUCGUAGGAGGAGAAGUAGAGAAAGGGAAGUAGGGAGUUACGCCUAAACCUACGCGUGGCGGUCGGGGCUGGGAUUCGUGUAAUGCUGCUGCUGGGUAGAAGAAGAAGAAGAGUCAAACCUUUUCCAGAACAGGGGAAAUUAAAUUCCCCUUCCUCCCUAUUCUUAUCUUCUUUGCCGCUCUGAUUUCUGUUCGAGAUCGAGUGGAUUCGGGGGAAAAUCAGUUCCUUCCUAGAGAUCUGAAGUUGCAGAGGAAUCUGCCAUAAUUUCCUUUUUUGGGGUUUGUGGUGUUUGUUUUCCUUGUAACCGGCGGCAGAGGCAGCCAAAAGAAGAAGAGAUGAUGAGAAUGAAGAAUAAACCACCGACGGCGGCUGGGGGCUCACCAGAUUCCAUGGGAGCAGAGUGGGAGAUGAGACCCGGCGGAAUGCUGGUUCAGAAGCGAAACCCAGAUUCCGAUCACAGGUCCAUUCCUCCACCGGACAAUUCGGGUCCGGGUCAAGUACGGGUUCAACCUACCACGAAAUCAACAUCAGCUCUCAAGCUUCUUUCGGGGAGCUGAAGAAGAUGUUGACCGGACCGACUGGGCUACACCAUCAAGACCAGAAGCUGAUUUACAAAGACAAAGAGAGGGACUCCAAGGCUUUCCUGGAUAUGACAGGGGUGAAAGACAAGUCCAAAAUGGUGCUGCUUGAAGACCCAAUUAGCCAGGAGAAGCGUUACCUUGAGAUGAGAAAGAAUGCCAAGAUGGAGAAAGCUUCCAAGUCCAUCUCCGAGAUCAGCUUGGAAGUCGACCGCCUCGCUGGUCGGGUUUCGGCUCUCGAAUCAGUGAUUAGUAAAGGUGGGAAGGUAGCGGAGAAGGAUGUUUUGAGCUUGAUCGAAUUGUUGAUGAACGAGCUGCUGAAGUUGGACGGAAUUAUGGGUGAUGGAGAUGUCAAACUGCAGAGGAAGUUGCAGGUGAAAAGAGUUCAGAAGUAUGUUGAGACAUUAGACAUGUUGAAGGUCAAGAACUCCAAAUCAAACCACCAUCAACACAAGCAAAGCAAUGGACAUAGGUUAGCUCCGAUCGACGACCACCAACAACAGCAACAGCAGCAGCAGCAGCAUCACGUGCGCUCAGUUCGCCAUCCCACGGCAUACCAGCAUCAACAAGAACAGCAGCAGUCAUCAAAGCAUUCGACUUCCGCCGCGCCGGUGGUUGUUACCACACAAUGGGAAACAUUUGAUUCAACACCAGGGACAUCGUCGGCUGCAGUUCCUCCGGCAGCAGGCAACAAUAAUUCAGCCCAUAAUCAACCAAAGUUCCCAUGGGAUUUCUUCGGUUGA